AUGAAAGGGGGAAAGUAAUAAUAUUACCCUAUUAUUUUGUUUGUAUAGUUAGUAUGUAAUCACUACAUUUAUUGUGUGAAUCCAGAAAUUAAGUAGAUUUUUUGAUUUGUAUAUUUAUUCUCUCUUCUAUCUAGAAAGAUUUUAUAUUCAGGAGGAAAUAAUCCAGGAAAAGGAAGAAUAAGCAGAUCAAGAUGUGUAGCUCUGUGGCUGCCAAGUUGUGGUUUUUGACAGAUCGUCGAAUCAGGGAAGACUAUCCCCAAAAAGAGAUCUUACGAGCAUUAAAGGCCAAGUGUUGUGAGGAAGAACUGGACUUUAGGGCCGUGGUGAUGGAUGAGAUAGUGCUGACCAUCGAGCAAGGAAACCUGGGUUUGCGGAUCAAUGGGGAACUAAUUACUGCCUACCCCCAGGUGGUGGUAGUGAGAGUACCAACCCCUUGGGUGCAAAGUGAUAGUGACAUAACUGUUUUGCGCCAUCUAGAGAAGAUGGGGUGCCGGUUGAUGAACCGACCUCAAGCUAUCCUGAACUGUGUUAACAAGUUCUGGACCUUUCAAGAGUUGGCUGGCCAUGGUGUUCCUCUGCCAGAUACUUUCUCUUAUGGUGGUCAUGAAAAUUUUUCUAAAAUGAUUGAUGAAGCAGAAGUACUGGAGUUUCCAAUGGUAGUGAAGAACACACGCGGUCAUAGAGGCAAAGCUGUUUUCUUGGCUCGAGAUAAGCACCAUUUGGCUGAUCUAAGCCAUCUUAUUCGCCAUGAAGCUCCAUACCUGUUCCAGAAGUAUGUUAAAGAGUCUCAUGGACGGGAUGUACGUGUCAUUGUUGUGGGAGGCCGUGUGGUUGGCACCAUGUUACGUUGUUCAACAGAUGGGAGGAUGCAAAGCAACUGCUCACUAGGUGGUGUGGGGAUGAUGUGCUCAUUGAGUGAACAAGGGAAGCAGCUAGCUAUCCAGGUGUCUAAUAUCCUGGGGAUGGAUGUGUGUGGCAUUGACCUGUUGAUGAAAGAUGACGGCUCCUUCUGUGUCUGCGAGGCCAAUGCAAAUGUAGGUUUCAUCGCCUUUGAUAAGGCUUGUAAUCUAGAUGUAGCUGGUAUCAUAGCGGACUAUGCCGCCUCCCUUCUGCCCUCUGGCCGGCUCACCCGGCGUAUGUCCCUGCUCUCUGUGGUGUCCACGGCCAGUGAAACUAGUGAGCCGGAGCUGGGUCCCCCAGCCAGCACUGCUGUUGACAACAUGAGCGCAAGUUCCAGCUCUGUUGACAGCGACCCUGAAAGCACCGAGCGAGAACUGCUCACCAAGCUCCCAGGGGGCCUAUUCAACAUGAACCAGCUGCUAGCCAAUGAAAUUGAACUCCUGGUGGAGUGAUUCCACUGGUAAAUAAUUAACCAACAAAACCCUGUAAAACUUUCUUUUUCUUUUUUUUUUCUUUAUUAUUAUUUUUUAACCAACUUGCAAUGCUGUUCAUGGAAUAUGCUCAGGAAGAUGAGAGAAAAUUGGGUAGUAUUAGUUAGAAGAGAAGAAAGAGGGAGAUAGAUAAGACCUCUGCUAUUAAGAUGUUACUGACUUUCAUUUACAAAUUAUACAGAUAGACUAGGCAGAAGAGGGUAGAUACAGAAGAAUGUCAGGUUCUCGUAAUUACUCAAAAAUAUGCUUGUUCUCAGGCCAUAAAGAACAUACAAAAUUUUUUCAUGGUUCCUUGCUUUUGUUUUUGUAUAAUUGGUAUACAUUUCGGAGUAGCAUAACUUUACAUUGUAUGGCAAACAUUUAUAAUGGGUGAAGAAAACAUCUAUCUAAAUUAUAGGAAUUUUUUAUACAAAUUGAAAAUUCUGCCUUUACCGUAUUAACUAGCAGCUUUAUAUUCAUAGUUUAUGAAGUCUUGAAGGGCCUCUUAUUGGGAUUUAUUAUUUUUCUGUUUUUAGUUUUUCCUUAAUUUGAGUGGGAGGGCAAUGUGAAUAUGACCCAAUAAAGGCUUUUUUAAUGACAAAAUUGGCAUGUUUGCAUGAUAAAAGGGAAAUGAACAGUAUUGCAAUGUCUGGUACACAAAAUAACAUUUACUCCAAUGUAGAUAAAAUUACACUAGUUUAAAAUAUGUGCAUUGACUUGUAUUUGUUAGUGUUUUAGUCUUUUUUGAAAGAUAUAUUCUCUGUUAAUGUUGCAUUUUCUAAAACAUGAUAGUCUAACAUUCCCCAAUCUAUGCCUGCAUCUUUAACAAUGGCCAAAGUGAAGAAAAUGCUACCUUUUUUGUUGAGACACUGACUUGAAACAUGUGCAUUUAAAGCUUUUUAUUUUUAUUUUAUUUUUUCUUUUGGUGGUUGGGCAUUUAAAGAAUAAGAACAAGGAAAAUAUUUUGGGGGGCAAAUCAAGGGCCUAUAAGUUCUUAAACAUAAGCCGAUGUGAUUUCUAAUUUCAGCAUUAUAUAUUUGCCUUCACAUUUUAAGAGGGAGUAUAUGUAUGUGUGUGCACGCAUGCAUGUGUAUGUGUUUAGCUUUUUGUUUACACCAACCAGUCAAAAAGGAUAGAUACUAGAAAUUGGAGCAUGAUAGGAAACACUUUUUUACUUUAAAAAGCAGAUUAGUUGUUUUCAUAACUAGUCUCCACUGGGUAGAGGUACUCACCUGAAGACAUAAGGAAAAUAGAUGCUUCUUAGGCCUUUUUGUGUAUAUGUUGUUGUUUGUUUUUUUUCUUUGUUUCUGGACUGUUCAGUGUAUGAUUUAUUCAAGGCUACAUGCUUUUCUUCAAUGCUUCUGGCUGUGUGUUUUCUCCUAUUACACAUAGGUUUUGGAGUGGGGUAGACUGGGCGCUUUUGUUUGGGGACUUAGCAGUAUUGAGUCUCUUGUAGCCCUGCUCUGAAACCUUCAGUACUCUCCACUGUUUAUAUUCCUUUACUUUCUGGAUUUAUAAAAGCCCCCAAACUGCAUAUAAUAUGAGCUUUUACAACAUGGGGAAAACUAUGCCAGUGAUGGUUUUGAAGGUGUGUUAAGAAAUGGAGAUGCUCCAGAGCUCAACAUAAUUUUUUUUUUUUAAACAGCAAGUUCCAUCUCCCUACAAUCCUCUGAAGCUUUUACCCAAGUCCUUUCUUGCCUCUCCAGUGCUUUUUUUCCUUCAGAUGGACCUUAAUCUUAAUUUCUUGGACACUACUAGAGAGACUUCGAGGCAAUAAUAAAAGAUCAGUAUUAACCAGCUCUAACAGAGGUUUGAUCAUGCUUACUUGUACAGUUUUUCCCCCCGUUUUAAAAAGGAAUGUAAUAAAAUUUGUUUUUUUCCAUAGAAUUAAAUAAUAUUAAAAUGGAAUGAAAGGUUGAUUGUUGACAAAUAGAAUAGUACUUCUAAUCUGUGCAGUGUUUCAUUUCACCUGAAAAAAAAAUACAUAAAAGGAGUUUCUAAUUUAUUUUAGGAUAUUCUUAUCUCAUCUAAAAGAAUUUGACUUGCACAGCGUUAUUGUGGGACUUACAUACAUAAGUACCUCUGACUCAUUAACAGAAAGAAAUACUUGGUACUUCUUUCACUGAAUGGCCAUAGUUUGGAGGAUAUAUAGUAUUUGGGAUAGAGAAAUGAGGGAGAAAGAACUGCUUAAUUAAAUCAUCAUUCAUAUGUUUCUGUAGAGACCAUCUGGUUGCCACUUAAAUUAUGUUACACAUACUUUGAAUAGUUAUAUAUCACAUGUAUAUAGAUUAAUGAAUUUUGAAACACAUACCCUCUCUAUUUGAUACAGAACUCAAGGUUUGUGUUGGGUGGGAUAAGGCACCAGGAAAAAUGUAGGCAGCAUUUUAAAAUUUUUUACCAAAUUAUAAGAAAUAUCAGGUUUCACCUUUAGUUUUAUUCGGUAUCCAUCUUUAGUGCAUUCAUAUUAUAUUAAAGCAUAGCUCUACCAACCUAUUUCUAGAUCACACACUCACGUUUUAGAAUGAAAAGGGAAGAACUGGUCAUCUUAGACUUUAAAAACAUGAAUAUUUUCUUGAAUUUCUUCAAAAAUUAAGGUAAAGAUUAUGAACAGAUCAUUCUGGAAGAGCCCAAAUGAAACAGCCCAGAUAUUUAAGUGAAAGUUAAAUAUAUUUUCAUGUUGUUUAAUAACUUCUGUUUAAUCUUUAUUGCUAUUGAGAGGUAAAAUGUAUUUAUUAAAUAUGUAUAAUCAUCAUGCCAAAAUCUGAAUUACUGUAAAAUUGUGCUUGUUAAAAUUGUAAUUCUGAAUUGUAUUUUAAAAGUAAUUCUUUCUGAUAUUGUUUUUAUGUCACUCAUGAUGAAAACUGGACUAUAUAUACAUACACACACAUAUAUAAAUAUGAACUAUUCCAUUUAAAAUUUUUAAUAGUUUUUUUUUUUUGUGCCUAAAAUUGAUCGGUCCUUUCUGCUGGCUUUUACUCUACUGAACUUUAAAACCUUUCUGUAUAUGCUAUCAAUAAGAAAAUAUCCUGGAACAUUAUGCAUAUCCAUCAAGAGACUUGCUUUCAUCAAGCACUUUAUCAGACUUUUGAGAAAUUAUCGAAAGCAUCGAAAGAAGUAAUUGACUUUCAAAAUCAUCUCUUCUUUUUCUCAAGAAGAAAAUGGAAAAACAAAUCCUCUUCAUUCAGUGAGUCCCCAGUUUGGGGUCUGGGGAGCCUAGAGACAUUGUGAAGUCAAAUCUUAUGUUAUUUUCUCCUGGCUCACUCUUUUUGAGAAGGUUAAUGGGCUAUAUGGCUGGUGAGACACGAUCCCCUCCUAAGAAAAUGUAGGUGCUCAGACAGGUAACCUCUGCUGCUACUGUUUUUAUUUGUUUGUUUGUUUAAUUUCAUUUAAAAUUUGUUUUUGUUGUACUAGGAUAUUUUUAAAUGUAAUAUAUUGCAGGAUUUAUAACCAGGUUUAUUGCUUUCUUUCUUUUUAUUCUUAAAAAAUGACAAAGUUUUAUUUAAGAUACAUUUAGGCGCCUUUGAAGCUUGGAUUUUGGAAUGUUUCAGUAGUGGACAGAAAUCUGCUGUUGGAAUCUUCUAGUCUUCCAGGUUUAAUUUGAAGUUUUUAGUUUUUUUUUGAAUUUUUGUGUGGUAUUUUAUUUCCUUUAUACCAAUGCCCUCUUGCCAUGAUGUUUUGGGGUGGCUGCCUAACUCUAGUGAAAACUCUUUCUAUAUUAACGAAAGUUUGGUGUUUGAAAUUCCUUAAUGUUUUGCAUUUUUAAAAUUGUUUUUAAAGAAAUAUUCUAACUGCUUUUACUGUUACUGUUCUUUGCCAGCCUUUUCAGGAGACAAAAAACCAAAAACAAACAAACAAAAACACUUUCCUUCUUCCCCCUUCCUGAUGAUGAGUGAGAAGUAUUGAGAACUUUCGGGGUCAGUGCCCUUCUAAACCCCCCUUCCCCCAAUAAUGCAGCUGUAUAAUGAAUGGUAAAUGCAGCGGUUUGGAUUCAGGCACAGCCCCAGCCUGCUUGCAGGUGGCGUAUGUGUUCGUGUUUUAAUGUAUUCAGAGCCAUUGGGCAAUAAGCAGUCCAGAACAUUGAAAACUCAAGCAGGUAAAGCACCUAACACCCUUAGUUUCUAGAAAUACUUUAAAAAACUCCCUUAUUGCUGCAUCUUCCACAAUUCUUUUGGUAGUCUCUAAACUUAAAAUUUGCAGGAGUUGUAGACUACUAGUUAAAAUUUUAAGUUAUUUAUUUAUUCAUAAGAUUAGAGAUAGGUGAAGAAGGAAAGUAUAACAGAAAAGAAACGGCUCCUUGAGAUGGCAACUGUUGAAUGUCUAAAUCUUUGCACUUUUUUUUUUUUAAUUUUCCCAGCUUAGCAUGAACAUUGACCAUACAUUGCUUGAUUUUCAGUGGUUGGGAUUUUUGUCUUGCAUUUUGGCGGGGAGGUAUUGGGAGAGAAACAGUGAGGAAGCUUGCACAUGUGAAAAUGUGAAAUGUUUAAUAAAGGAAUGUUUCUAUUUAAUCUGAAUAGUAAGCAAGAACUUUUUCUGUAUACCCUUCUGCUGCAGCAGAGAAAUAAACUGUUAGGUGGCAGCAGAAGAAGGAAUUCUUCAGAUUGAUGGCUACUUACAGUAUUGGCAUAAAAGAGAUAGAGCAUGCCGUACCAAGUGAAGUAAAGGUGGCAAAAAGUGGAAACUGGACUAAGAUUUCUAAUUUUGACUCUAAAUGGUUCUUUUGAAGUAACCAGUGGUCCUUUUUGCUUAUUACUUCAUUCACAGAAUUGACGAAGAUACAUUCGACUGUGUUUUUUCAAAUGGAGGAUAAUACACAGAACAAGGAAGCAAUAGCUCUAACCUCUUGAUUCGUUGUGUUUUCAAAAAUAAAAACACCAGAACUGGAAAUGAA